UGUAAAAUUACAAAAUUUCAUAAUUAGCCUCCAUUGCCUAUAAUUACGGAGCUCCUCAUAAGCGCUUGGCACUCGGUUCUAGACAGUAAAAGACCAUGAAGACGGUCAAGCAGCUAACCUCUCUGUGUUUGUUGUUGGCCCUUUCAGUUUGCAGGGUAUCCUGUGAAAUUUCAUUGCAGCAAAUAGGAAGGUUUGCCCUUACACCACCAAGAGGUUGGAACUCCUAUGAUUCUUUCUGCUGGACUAUUAAUGAGGAGCAGUUUUUGCAAAAUGCUGAAGCUGUUUCUAGUCUCCUAUAUCCUCAUGGAUACAAGUUUGUUGUGGUGGAUUACCUCUGGUAUAGGAGACUGGUGAAUGGUGCUGGUGUUGAUUCUCUUGGAUUCGAUGUGAUUGAUGAAUGGGGAAGGUUGGCCCCUGACCCAAGUAGGUGGCCUUCAUCUGCAAAUGGGAAAGGAUUCAGUGAAGUAGCGGAGAAGUUGCAUUCCAAGUAUCUAAAGUUUGGGAUUCAUGUGAUGAGAGGAAUAAGUACUCAAGCAUAUAAUGCGGACACCCCUAUUUUAGACCUCAAAACGGGACGUGCAUAUGAAGAGUCUGGUCAUAUAUAUACAGCAAAAGAUAUUGGGAUUCCAGAAAAGUCUUGUGCGUGGAUGCGAAAUGGUUUCAUGGCUGUAAAUACUACGAUGAAAGCAGGAAGAGUCUUCUUGAGGUCACUUUAUGUGCAAUAUGCUCAAUGGGGUGUUGAUUUCGUGAAGCAUGACUGUAUAUUUGGUGAUGACUUGGAUUUAGACGAGAUAAAAGUUGUGUCAAAGAUCCUGGGAAAUCGGAGACAAGAUAUCGUGUAUUCUCUGUCUCCUGGAACCAGUGUGACACCAGCUAUGGCCAAAGACAUAAGUGGAUUAGUCAACAUGUACAGGGUAACCGGUGAUGAUUGGGAUUCAUGGGGAGAUGUUGCAGCUCAUUUUAAUGUUGCAAGGGACUUUGCAGCUGCCCACCUGCCUGGUUCUCAGGGCUUGCAGGGGAAGUCAUGGCCCGACUUAGAUAUGCUACCAUUAGGAUGGCUUACUGAUCCAGGUUCUAAUCAGGGUCCGCACAGGAAUUCUAACCUUAAUCCGGAUGAGCAAAGAACUCAGAUGACUUUGUGGGCUAUUGCUAAGUCUCCACUCAUGUUUGGAGGAGAUGUCAGAAAUCUUGAUAAUGCCACAUACAAUCUACUCACAAAUCCUACAUUGUUGGAAAUUAACUCUUUUAGCAGCGACAAUAUUGAGUUUCCUUAUGCUACUGUUAAUGAGGCUCGUACUCGGAGCAAGGCUUUCAGGCGCCAAUCUAGAUAUCUGAGAGAAGUGGGCAUGUCUGAAGCUCAUGCUCUGCACCUCACUAGCUGCAAUGAUCCUGAUACACAUAAUUGGUCAGUUGAACAUCUUGACAAAGAUCUUGAGCAGAUCUGUUGGAAAGAAACCUCGGGAAGCAAUAUCCAGAAACAUUUAUGCCUAUUCAAGCGAAGACCUCUAUUGGCUGUAGAUGAAGAGGUCAUUUACAAGCAGCACUAUGAAGGGAAACUUCAUUUAUCUGCAAGUGGCGGGAUGGAAUUUUGCUUGGAUGCUUCUCCAAAGCGGAAACUCAGAGCAAAAGAAUCAAAGAUUGAUUCAUUUUCACCCUGCAGUUUGGAUGCCAACCAGAUGUGGGAGUUGAACGAUAAUGGAGGCCUCAUCAACAGUUACUCUGGUCUUUGUGCUGUCGUUAGAUCAGUGGAAGCUGAGAAUGAUGAUGGGGGAAUUCGUGCGUGGAUUGCAACUGGAAGAAACGGAGAGGUGUAUGUUGCUUUUUUCAACCUAAAACCACAAAUGGUGAAAAUAUCUGCACAACUAUCAGAUUUGGCCAAGACUCUUCCUGGGAGAAACUUCAACUCUUGUAAAAUCCGUGAAGUUUGGAGCGAACAAGAUUUAGGAACAACACAGAGCCUAAUAUCAAUGGAUGUACAAACACAUGGUACUGCACUUUUUGUCCUAGACUGUGAUUAGCCUAGGAUAAAUCGCUCGGCCGGAGCAAGUAUUCUUCGCCGGGGAUUCUGUUUGUGUCAAUUGAAUAAAAGAUGAAGGUAGAAUGUGCUUUGUAACAUGUAAUGAGUCCCCUUUUUUUUAUAUAUGACGAUUCUGUAACAGAAAUGUCAAAAGAAAUGGACAAAAGACCUUCACAAAGAUUCUUCAAAAACUUCUUAUGCUCUUA